CGACCCUGACACCACACCCCGACCCCAACCCCGACCACCGACACCCCGACCCUGACACCCCGACACCCUGAGACCCCGACAAUCGAUACCCCGACCCCGACAAUGAUGAUGAUGCAUUUAAUGAUCCCGGAGCAUAUAUAGACGAUUCAGAGUACUAUUAGUAAUGUUGUUGACAGGAUGGUGGGCAAGGGUCCAGAGCGCCCCGAGCCUCCUGCGAGCGCUACUGGGAGGGGUGGUUCCAUUAUUCCAGCCCAGCCCCUCCAAAAAGCGCUGCUAGACAGUAUGCAGACAGCUGCGGCGGGCGCUUCUUCUUCGGCUGGGAGAGGUCAGGGGAGGAUGAAGAAGGCUGCUAGAGGUGGACGUGGCAGCGGGAGAGGUAGGAAGGCUGCUACGCCUUCCUCGCCGCCACCCUUAGCUGAUUCACCCGACCACGUGGACCCGUCUCGGACUCCGGUCCAUGAGCCUUCGGUCACCGAUCCUUAGCCCCACCACACUCGGGUCAUCGAUCCUUCGCUCCACCAGACUCGUGUCACCGAUCCUUCACCCCACGUGAGUCCGGUCAAGAGUCUUCGUCCCAGAAAACUCCGGUCCCGAAGUCUUCGUCCCAGAAGACUCCGAUCCCGGAGUCUUCUUCCCACGAGACUCCGGAGGCUAGUGGACGUACUGAUGGUAGCGAGGACACCUUUUCUGAUGAUAGCUACAGCGACGACGAGCUGGUUGAGAAGGGCAAGAAGGUCUACAAGCGUGGUUGUACAAAGCUCCCGCCCGUGCCGGCGACCCCCGACCAGAGGUGGUUGAUUGCGCCUAAAGGGUUGAAGGGCUGGGUACACCCCUGUGAUGUCCGCAAGCCUAACUAGGUCCUUGGUGUGAUUUGCCGGCAGCACUUCCCUGGGUGGGUCACGUUGCUCGAUGAGGGUCAGUUUCCACAGCUAGCACUGAGCUGGGAGCUGUACUCGGUUGCCCCGGCCCCGCCAGGGGAGAUGGUCGCCGGUGUCUUGUGCGAGACGGUGGCCAACAUGGUGUUCCGUCAGUUUUGGAACUUCUACAGGGUUUCAGAGGGAGAGCAGGAGGCUGCGUCUAUGGUUGUCGAAACCGAGUGCAAGCGCCUACUUCAGAACUUACGGCACGAGGCUCGGGUGCAGGCCGUUCGAUACUACUACGCCUCGAAGGGUAUUAGGAGGGCCAAGCAGAAGUGUCGCGACAAGUUUUUGAUAAGGAGAAGUACAUGCAGGUGCCCCCGAGAUGGUGUGUGGAUAAGAUGGACUGUUGGGAGGCGUUGGUGGAUGUGUGGUGCUCUCCCGAAUGGCUAGUCGAACAACAGAGUGCGAAGGAUAAGCGUGACCAAAUGGAAGGUGUGCCACACCAUCAAGGGAACUCCAACCUGUUUGAGUACGGGAAUAACUGGGCGCACCACCACAAGAAGCCUGUGCCAAGUCUGUUCGACCUCUAUGGCAUGGCCCAUAUGGCCCCGUACAAGAAGGCCAAGCCAUUCACGGAGUCUGACCUAGAUCAUCUAGAGAGCUUCACCAACAUCUCCUCCCACCACAAGCUUGUGAAGUACAGAGACGAGGGGAAGGCGAGGAAAGGGGAGGACUUUAACCCGAGCCAGGAUCCUUUUGAUACAGAGCUGGUGAUGAUAUCUGGUGGCGGGAGGUCCCAUGGCUCUCAAGGCAUUAGUGAUGGACUGAUACGUUGUCCUAAGACUCUCCCGCAGAUCAAGAAGCGCCUGAGUAGCUCUGAUCCUCAGAUAACACCUCGUGCACGGCUUGCGGAGCUUGCCAUGGCGGCAUUGGUUGAGAAAGAGAGAUUGAAGACCCAGACGCUUUUGGAGGAGGCAAAAAGGGAGGCGGCGGAGAGGGAGAGGGAGAUGGAGGAGAGGACGACUAAGCUGUUGGAGGAGGAGAGGAACCGGAACGACAACGCUAACCGGGCCCUAUACAAGCUCAUCGUGGCCCCUCCGCCGAUGCUCCAGAUUGCUUCGGCGACCACGGUGAGUUUGAUUUGA